CUCCCUCCGACCUCCCGGUCCUCUCCCCACCACCUAUCUGUCCUCCUAACACACUUUCUACAUCUACCCUCUUCUGCUCUAAAUAUACCCCUCAGCAUUUCGAUCUUCCCUAGCUUAGUUCUUCGUUUCGUUGUAAAACUCUGUCGUUUAGGUUAACUUCUCCAUGACUCAGACCAGGAGGAUCUUCACCUUUGUGCUGAGGCUGCUGGCCUUGGCUGCUACUGUUUCUGCCACCAUAGUUAUGGUCAACAGCCACGACUCUACCAGGGUCUUGAACUUGACCUUCAAGGCCAAAUUCAGUGAUUCCCCAACUUUCACGUACUUUGUGAUUGUGGAGGCAAUUGUAAGUGGAUACAACCUUAUAAUCCUGCUUCUUUCUUCAAAGGGCUCACUGUGGCGCAUAGUUAUCAUCCUAGAUGUGUGCCAUGUGAAAAAGUUACACGUGAUAGACAUGCACCGGGUGGAAACCAUCACUUUAGUGUGCUUGUUUCAUGUUGCAGCUCUUCUUCUUACUUCAAGCAUGUCAGCAGCCUUGACGAUAGCUCAAGUGGGGAAGAAAGGGAACACUCACGCUGGUUGGCUGCCAAUUUGUGGACAAGUCUCCAAGUUUUGCAACCAUGUCAGUGGAGCUCUUGUUGCUGGCAUCCUUGCAGCAAUAUUUUACUAUGUGCUUAAUCUAUUUACUCUUUACAAUGUUCUUAAUCCUCUCUUUGUGGCAAAACCUAAUUAAUUACCUUGAAAUUCUGUUGGGUUAAUUUUCCUUUCGAUGUCUCUCAGCAUUUCUGCUUUUUCCACUGUAAAAAAUUGAAUGUAAUAUUGUACUUGAAUGGCUGUUAAUUUGGAAUUUAUGAAAAAGUCCUUUUUAUAUUA